GGGUGAGGUUUGUGGUAAGGUGUUUGGCUGGAGGGUUUUAGGGGUCGGAGUGGUUUUCGGGUCGUUGGAUGCUGGAAUGGGGCAUGUAGAGCGCUGGUGGUGCAGGGGUGAGGCUUUAAGGUGCUCGUCUGUAGGGUUAUGGGGUGCUGGGACUGAGCAGGGUGUGGACACGGGGUGGUUGGGGGUUUUAGGGUUGUGGGGGUGUGGGAGGUGGGGUUGGGGGUGUUGGAAUGGAGGCUUCAGAGUGCUGGGGGAUAGGACUUCAAAAUGCUGAGGUUGUAGGGUGCUGGACAGGCAGGGUCGUGGGGGUGGAUGGAGAUGAGCUGUGGGCUCUGGGGUUGAAGUUUUAGGGUGCUGUGUGUGCACAAUAGGGCAGGUAGGGUACUGGGUUGUAAGAGAUAAGGGUUUUAGGGUGGCUGGGAAGGGUGCUUUUAGGGAGCUGGGUGUGCAUGAAAUAGGGCUGCACGGUGCUGGGAGUGCAUUGGGAAGGAUCUUUGGGUGCUGGGAUGUGAAGUUUUAAGGUAAUGCGAACAAGCUUACGAGAAGAUGGGCUGAGUUUGCUUUCUCAUGGCUGCUCCACUAAGCUGUUUUGCUAGAAACGAGCUGAGACCAGAAAUGAGGUGACCUCACCCCCCAUCAGCAGGGCCCUGGUCCUGUCCUGGAGAGGAUGUGGUUGCGUGGCCCCGCUCCCUGCGGUGACCCUGCUGCUACCUGCACUGCUCCUUGCUGCGAGAGGCUUCACCCUUUUUUAUUUUUUUCCCCCUAUUGCUAUAGUACUGGGAGCUGUUUGCCUCUACAGCGUCACUUCUUUAGGUGACAGCAUAGCUCCUACGGGGCUGAUCCCAAAAAGAGGAGUUUGCAAGUCAGCCUGUUGCUGCGACAGAGCUUUCCUCAGCAGCAGGAGGAUAAAGGUGCCUUCCAGCAGGGCUCCAUGCAGGCUGCAGAUAGGCUAGAUGUGUGACCGCAACGGUGGGAGGCGGCUGCGGCAGUGGCUGAUUGAGCAGAUUGACAGUGAGCAGUACCCAGGGCUCAUCUGGGAGAAUGAGGAGAAAAGCAUGUUCCGCAUCCCAUGGAAGCAUGCAGGGAAGCAGGAUUACAACCAGGAGGUGGACGCUUCGAUUUUCAAGGCUUGGGCUGUUUUCAAAGGCAAAUUCAAAGAAGGUGACAAAGCAGAGCCAGCCACCUGGAAGACACGGCUGCGCUGUGCCUUGAACAAGAGCCCCGACUUUGAGGAGGUGACAGACAGAUCCCAGCUGGACAUCUCUGAGCCCUACAAGGUGUACAGGAUCGUGCCAGAGGAAGAGCAGAAAUGCAAAAUCGGCGUUGGGAACGGGAGCAGCCUGGCUGAAGUUGGAGACAUGGACUGCAGCCCCUCUGCCAUCGAUGACCUGAUGAAAGAGCCUUCUUGUGUGGAUGAAUACCUGGGGAUCAUUAAGAGAAGCCCUUCACCCCCACAGGAGACCUGCAGAAACCCCCCAAUACCAGACUGGUGGAUGCAGCAGCCCAGCCCCUCUUUGCCCCUGGUGAAUGGGUACACUGGCUACGAGCAGCAUCAUUCGGGGUACUCCCAGAUGGUGAUCACCUUCUUCUACAGUGGCAGGCUGGUGGGGCACAUCACCACCUCAUAUCCUGAGGGCUGCAGGCUGUCGCUCAGCCAACCCUCUAACCACGGUGAGAAGCUCUACGCCCCUGAUAGCCUGGAGCACGUGAGGUUCCCCUCAGCUGAAGCCAUCCAGAAUGACCGCCAGAAGCAGAUCACCAAGAAGCUCUUUGGGCACCUGGAGAGGGGUGUCCUGCUGCACAGCAACAAGCAGGGCAUCUUCAUCAAGAGGCUGUGCCAGGGAAGGGUCUUCUGGAGUGGGAACACAGUGGUGUACAAGGACAGGCCAAGCAAACUGGACCGUGAUGAAGUGGUGAAGAUAUUUGACACCAACUUAUUCUUUAGAGAGCUGCAGCAGUACUACAACAACCAGGGUCGCUUCCCAGACAGCAGGGUCAUGUUGUGCUUUGGAGAGGAGUUCCCAGACACGGUGCCGCUGCGGUGUAAGCUCAUCCUCGUCCAGGUGGAGCAGCUGUGUGUCAGGCAGGUGAUGGAGGAGGCUGGCAAGACCUGCAGCAGCCCCAUGCUGCCUGAUGAGGUGCAGCAGGAGCAGGUUUACAGGAUCUUCCAGGACAUCUGUGGGCCACACCAACGGCCGCUGUUCAGAGAGAAUCAACAGAUUGCUGUGUGAGCCUCCAUGGGCACGACGUGGGGUCUGGGUGACUCCAGACCAGUUGGGAUUCAUUAGUGCCUAAAAAUGUCCCUUUGUUUGGCAAGUUGGUUCUUGAUCUUUGCUGUUUUCAGUCCAAAAAUCUGUGUAAACACAGCGGGCCAAAGUAACAGCCCCACUUGGUUUGAGAACCACCACUGGAAGGAGGUGGUGACUCCUGGAAAGGCCUUACAGUGCUCAAGUAAAUCCUUAACAGAAGUAAUUUUUUUUCCCCCAAAGAAUUUGCAGACCUGCUGAAGUCUGUGGUAUGCUUUCCAUGGAAAAACCUCCUCAAAUCCCUCUUUAUUUUAGCAAUGAAGUUUAUAUUUUUGUCUGUCAUAUUGGGAGUAUUUUGAAAUUCGGAGAGCGAUGCAGAAAUUAUAUAUGUAAAUGUUGGCUACGAGAACAUAGGAAUCUUAAUUUUUCUGACCCCAAACCAGAGUUAAUACAAACAGAUACCUUCUAUUUUAAAGAUAGCAGUGUAGUGUUAAUAGGUUGGCUUCACUGUCCCAAAAUGCAUGUGUUGGUCUCUCCCAAGCGUGAGCAGGCAGCAGCUUCCAUGUGUCAAUCCUCAUUCUGUUUGCCCAGUGCUGGGGAGUUCCUUGGGCAUGGCCUCGUGCCUUGCAGCAGCCACAAAGCACCGUGGACCAAAGGACUUUGCAGAUGUGUAUGCAGUGAGGCUGCCUAUUUAUUUUAUGCCUAAGUUUUUUUUUGUUAAAUGGUUUUGUAAUUUCUUUUUUUUUUUUUUUUUUU